GUAGAAAGGGUCGAAGAAGGGAGUGGAGUUUUGAAUAAAUAAGGUUAAGGGUUUGGAAGUGAGAGGGUUAAGAUCAGGAUCAGAUAGAUCCCUUUGGUUUGGGUUUUUCUCUGCAUUGUGGUUGUCUUUUUGGCGGGAAAAGAUGUCGGGGAAGGGUGCGAAGGGUUUGAUAACCUCAACCAACAACAAAGACAAGGACAAGAAGAAACCCACUUCUCGUUCUUCUCGUGCCGGUCUUCAGUUCCCGGUUGGGCGGAUCCACCGGCUUUUGAAGUCAAGGACCACAUCUCAUGGUAGAGUUGGAGCCACGGCUGCUGUUUACUCUGCUGCUAUCUUGGAGUAUCUGACUGCUGAAGUAUUGGAGCUGGCUGGGAAUGCUAGCAAGGAUCUCAAGGUUAAACGCAUUACUCCCAGGCAUUUACAACUUGCAAUCCGGGGUGAUGAAGAACUGGAUACGCUGAUCAAAGGAACAAUUGCUGGGGGAGGUGUGAUACCUCAUAUUCACAAAUCUCUUAUCAACAAGUCUUCCAAGGAGUAGAUUACUAAUGGUUCAUAGGGUGCUUGAUGGAACAUUUCUCUCUACUAAUUGUCGAUUUGUUAGUUGCACUUCCUAAAACAGUAGGACCUGCUAUUUACGAUUAAGUUGCUGUUGAUUGUGGUCUGUGGAUAUACUUGAUCUUCUGUUUCUCAUUUUAAUGUGGUGCUAAUCUUAAUUAAGGAUAAUGUCGUUUUGUUUUAAUGUUUGGGAUUGCUGUUU